UUUGAACCAAAAAGCGGAGUGACCUUCCUCCGCUCUCAGUCUGAGAGGGGCAGCACUGAAGCAAUAAGCCGGUCACAGCUCCUACAGUCCCCCGCUCUAGCCUCAGAAAUGAACAACAACUUAGUCGGAGAUGAAGUCGGGAAACUUUUUGUGGGUGGAUUGGACUGGAGUACCACACAAGAGACACUUAGAAACUACUUCUCACAGUAUGGGGAAGUAGUGGAUUGUGUCAUCAUGAAGGACAAAACUACAAAUCAGUCGCGGGGCUUCGGCUUCGUCAAAUUCAAAGACCCCAAUUGUGUACGGACAGUGCUGGAGACAAAGCCGCAUAAUCUUGAUGGAAGAAAUAUUGACCCGAAGCCAUGCACUCCUAGAGGAAUGCAACCUGAAAAGUCUCGAACCAAGGAGGGCUGGAAGGGCAGCAAAGCCGAUAGCAAUAAAUCAAAGAAGAUAUUUGUAGGUGGAAUCCCCCAUAACUGCGGCGAGCCUGAACUCAGGGACUAUUUCAAUAGAUUCGGAGUGGUCACAGAGGUGGUAAUGAUCUAUGAUGCGGAGAAGCAGAGGCCCCGAGGUUUUGGAUUUAUUACUUUCGAGGCCGAACAAUCAGUGGACCAGGCUGUCAACAUGCAUUUUCACGACAUCAUGGGCAAAAAAGUGGAAGUAAAGAAGGCUGAACCUCGUGACAGCAAAGCUCCUGGCCAGCUUGGCCCUGGCCAGUGGGCACCCAGGGGCAUCUUGAGUGCAGCUAAUGGUUGGACAGCACAGCCUGCCCAGGGCUGGCAACAGCCUUACGGGCCACAGGGAGUGUGGGUGUCGACUACUGGCCAACCCAUAGGCGGGUAUGGACCUCCGUUGUCUGCAGGCCGAGGAACACCCACACAACCUCCGUCACCUUUCAACGCAUUCCUGGUCACGACCCCGGCGGGCAGCUUUGCUGCACCUCAGGGCUACCCUCAACAGGGCUACAGCACAGCACCUCAGUUCGGUUACAGUUUCGGCACACCCCAAGCAGACCAGUAUGCUCCACAGGUUCCACCUCCGCCCACCACUCCAGGAACUGCACCUCUGGGCUUUGCCCCCGCCACCACACCAACUCAGGACUUGAGCAAAGCCCCCACUGGGCAACCUGACUUCCCUUAUAGCCAGUAUGGCUUGGGUAACUACCCUCAGGACCCCUCUGCCUACGGACCAACGCGUCCUUCUCACAGUUAUGGUCAGGAUGAACAGGGAGGAUAUAGUGCAGCUAAAGGGGUGAGAAAGGAAAGAAGAUAUAAAGAAGGACACGGUGCCAGGUACGGCCAGGACCUGACAGCCUUCGGCCACAGCUUCGCAGACCCCACCCAGCCGACAGCUUCGUACGGGGCACCGACAGCACAGCCCACCGCUGCCCCCCAGCCUGCCGCCAGCGCAUUCGGCAGAGGGCAGAACCACAACGUACAGGGCUUCCACCCGUAUCGACGCUGACCACCACCUCUGGCCAUGGCAGCUGUGUAAAAUUGAAAAACAAAAACAAAAAAAGAAGUCAGGGAAAUGUUUGUUUUCGCUAAAAAGCAAAACUGGAGUUCUGGAUCGUUCUAUGGGAAUGUUGAAUGCACACAGUUUGUGAAACAGAAACCUUUGUGAAAGCAGGGAUUCCAGUAAAUUCAAAAAGGGUGUAUUGAAACCCAGGUUUUUUUUUUUGCCUAACUUAAGGAACAUUCAGCAGAAAGAAGCUUUUAUCCCCCACCUCCUACCCCAUGUUUUAUAGUAGAACUAAACUACUUUGCAAUAAUUUUGAUUGUCUGGUCAAACACUAGCACAGAGACUAUAUGUAAAGAGACUUGCAUAUAAAUAUGUAUAUUUAUGGUGGACACAAAUGAAAACAGGGUCUCAAGUUUCCUCAGCUUUAAAUUCUAGGGAAAAAAUGUUUUUAUUUUUCAUUUGGUGAAUUUUGUUUACUUUCUGAGCCUUUAAAGUUUGUUUAAAAUGGAGAUUAUGAAUAUAUAUAUUAUACACAAACUGUGCAAUUUUUUAAAAAGAGAAUUUUGUACUAUAAAUGUACACUUUGCUUGUUUUUUUAUUUAAAGAUGUAGACUUCCCUCAGGUGGCUGUUUUGGGUGCAUUUUUUGCACUUAUGCAAAAAGAAAAAAAGGACAAAUUAUUACAAAAAUAAAUGUUUUAACGAUACAA